GCUGGCUGGGUCUGGCCCGGUAUAUAUAACCCCGUCACACACACCACGACCCCACAACACAUCCUCCUGUCUACACCUGCCUCCAGUCUCUGAGUCUGCUGUAGCACCAUGAUGAUGAUGAGAGUGGUGACGUGUGUGGUGGUGGUGACGGCGGCGGUGCUGGUCCUUGUUGACGCCGCCCCCCAGACUGGUGCUCCUCUAGGCCAGUCGUGUCCGGAGACCAGCUCCCAAGUCAUGAUCACCCUGGCACAAGAUCUGUGUGAGCAGACAGACACCAGAAACUGUGUCGGCAACAUGGCCAAGUGUAUGGAGCAGCUCAAGCCAGCAAAGCCCUAUAACUCGACCAACUGGAAGCCGAAGAUGUUGGCCAACAUCACGGCCUGCGCCAGCGAGCUGGGCUACAGCUUCACCGCUCCUCCCUCCUCACAACACAACUCCCGGGAACACAGUGGAAGCAACACAGGCAGCUCUAGCACUGGCACUUCCAACACUGGCACUUCCAGCACUGGCACUUCCAACACUGGCACUUCCAACACUGGCACUUCCAGCACAGGGUCCAACUGUCCUCACCACUACAGCAUGGAUAAUUAUCUCAAAAAGCUUGGCUUCAGCCAGGAAGAGUUGGUGCCCAUGACCCGCUGCCUCAUGACCAGGAAGGGAAAGCUUGAGAAAUUCGGUACGUGCAUCAACCAGAAAGAUCAAUGAACGUCGUAGACCUUGGUGUCUUCUUGAGAAACUUCCCGGAUGAACACCAUGCAUGAACUCUGCGAUGAACUUCCUGAUGAACACCCAAGAACUUCCUGGUGAACACCCAAGAACUUCCUGAUGAACAACCUGACACUCUCUGAUCAAAAUUAUCAUUAUCACUGCACUUUGAGACACUCAAAAUUUACGAAUUUCAUCCCAAGAGGAAGAUGACCUCAGUUGCUGGUGUUGAGUUGUUUAACUCAUAUUUCUGUAAACAUCUGCAACAAAACACCUGUAAACAUCCGCAACAACAACGACAACUUGGUAUACAUGUUCAGAGGUAUAUUUCUCAGCAUGUAAACUUAGUUUGCUCUAAUCCUUCCUUAUGGGUUAAAGCUCCUUUGAAAGUUUUAUGUAUAGGAAAAUAUGGCCUUAAAGACCUGGCGGCCUUGUACCUUAACUCCUGGACACCUGAGGGGCGAGGACAGGCGACGUAGAUGCGGCCUUGUACCUUAACUCCUGGACACCUGAGGGGCGAGGACAGGCGACGUAGAUGCGGCCUUGUACCUUAACUCCUGGACACCUGAGGGGCGAGGACAGGCGACGUAGAUGCGGCCUUGUACCUUAACUCCUGGACACCUGAGGGGCGAGGACACGCGACGUAGAUGCGGCCUUGUACCUUAACUCCUGGACACCUGAGGGGCGAGGACAGGCGACGUAGAUGCGGCCUUGUACCUUAACUCCUGGACACCUGAGGGGCGAGGACAGGCGACGUAGAUGCGGCCUUGUACCUUAACUCCUGGACACCUGAGGGGCGAGGACAGGCGACGUAGAUGCGGCCUUGUACCUUAACUCCUGGACACCUGAGGGGCGAGGACAGGCGACGUAGAUGCGGCCUUGUACCUUAACUCCUGGACACCUGAGGGGCGAGGACAGGCGACGUAGAUGCGGCCUUGUACCUUAACUCCUGGACACCUGAGGGGCGAGGACAGGCGACGUAGAUGCGGCCUUGUACCUUAACUCCUGGACACCUGAGGGGCGAGGACAGGCGACGUAGAUGCAACAUAACACAAGCGGAUAAAGGAAUAACACCACAUAUUAGCAGCAGGAACAGAACUGCAGCAACCAUUGCCACAACGUUCAGUGCAAGAGCACCACCAAUAACAACACCUGCUGCAAUCACAGCAACACCUGCUGCAAUCACAGCAACUCCCGUUAAGUGUUAAUUUCUGUUGCUCGUUACCAAUAACCAUCCAGGUCAACAACAUUACCAAGUAAAGCAACAACAGCAGCCCUAAUCAACAGCAGCAGACACCUGGGUGGUGCUGUGUGCUCUGCGGUCUUCCCUUCAGCUUCAUAUUAGUUAUUUAGGUUAUCUUCACCGCGCUGCGGACAUUAGGCGACCACCGCGCAAAACUUAACUUUUCUUUUAAAUAAAUCAAUUGGCAAAUA